AAACUAAGAUUUCUGCUCCAAAAAUGACUGCAGCUGUUUAAACCUCAUGACAACCAAUUUAUUGAAAGUGACACUUCCAACACAAAAACCAUAAUAGACCUCAAACAGAAAUAAUCUACCGACAGUUUUCCGAGGGAUUCUGGAGAGAAAUAAAGUCAACAUGAUCAACAUCACUGGACAGGCUGGUUCAAGACUUGACAUAUUAUUAGAAAACAUGGGCAGAAUAAAUUAUGGGGGAGGCAUCCAUGAUUUCAAGGGACUGGUAACAAAUCUUACUUUGGCUUCAAACAUCCUGACCAACUGGACCAUCUAUUCAUUAAAUAUUGACAAAGCGGUGGCAAGUGGCUACUUAAACAAAUUCCAGAGGAAGACUUCAGAAGCACUACCUAAGGUUAAUGCUAGUGUACCAGCCUUUUAUUUGGGUACUUUUAAGAUUCCGAAUGGUAUUCCAGAUCUACCUCAAGAUACAUACCUUAAAUUUCCUGGAUGGACUAAGGGUCAAGUGUGGAUUAACGGCUUUAACUUGGGUCGUUACUGGCCAGCCAGGGGACCCCAAAUCACUCUGUACGUUCCUGCUCAUAUUCUUAGCACCUCCGCAGUGAACAACAUCACGGUGCUGGAGCUGGAGAAUGCACCGUGUGGGAUUGAGCUAAACGCAGUCUGUGCUGUGGAAUUUGUGGACACUCCUGUUUUGAAUGGAACCACAGCUUACACCAACUUUCACAGUAGAGCUUUUAAUAAGCAGUCUUGGCAUGAAUGACCUGAAUGGUUAAUGUGUUGCUGAUCUGGCGACCUGCCUUUGUAUGUGAGGAUGACUAUUGAGUACUGAAGUCUUUUUCCCCUUUUCAACUGAAGCUAAUACUGUUCUAUCACUUCCUUUGCCUUACUGAAGCAAGUUGAUAAAUAACCAGUGUUGCAACCAUGGAACCAUCUUGGGCUUGUGUGGAAGAAAUAACACCAUGAAGUAGAGAUUCAUUUGCACAGAUCAACAAGUUUUCCCACUGCCCUCAAAACUGGUUAAAAGCCCUAAAGAGCCUUUGACAGUUUUUCACUGAAGAAAUAAAUAAAAUGUUUAACAACAUUGAAUGGUCAAGAAAUGAAACUGAGUCUGUGGGGUGACCACAGUUGCGUUGAUUAGAUUACUACUUACUUUUGUUUGAUGUAAUGCAAGGUUUGGAAAACAAAUCAGGGCAUGUUGUAACAUUAUUAAUGAAUGUAAAUAAUAAAUUCUGACUACUAUCAGAUUUCCUGUUAUAUUGCAAAUGCAACAAUAAAGACUGAAACCAUUUUAA